AUGAAUCUCCCUAUUUUGACUGCAGUCCUUCUUGGACUUAUCCUGACUCCAGGCCAUGCUGAUCAUCAUCAACAGACUGAAGUAAGCAAGAAAAUCUCCUUUGGUGGAGGCUACCAACUUAUGACCAUCAAUAGGAGAUGGCUCGUGGCAAGUAUUGAGCAAAAGAUCAACCAUCGGUCCUGGAAAACCAUCUGGAACUAUGACACAGGUUUUAUGGCAACCAAAGUGCUGCCAGAGAAAGCUUGCUACCUUUCCAUAAUGAACAGAACAGAGAUGCCCAGCUUUGACGCACUCCCUCAGCUGGCUGCAGACAUCAGGAACCAGAAUCGUCCAAGACCCCCGUCAAAGGAGAUCACAUUCACCCUUGUCAAGAGAGUGAUUCGUGACCUUGAAUCAUAUGGACCAGACACCUUCUCUGUGUGCAGAGGACUCUCAACUUAUGUGGCUUACGAAGUUCACGGACCACAAUUCAGUCUCGGAUCAUGCAUCAAACUUGAUGUCCUUCAAUAUUUGGCUCUCACGUACUGCCAUAAUGAUAACUUUGUGUAA